CUCAUCCCUUGUCUUCCUUAAUCCCCAAUCCAAUCCUCAUCACCUGCAAAUCACCCAGAAGAAACCCCCAAUAUGAACCCCCUCAUAAUCGCAAUCCUUCGCGGCUUCCAGUUCAUCUUCUCCAUAAUCGUCCUCGGCAUCUCCAUCUCCCUCGCCAAAGGCCAACGCAUCGGUUCCGUCCCCGCCUCAACCGGCUACGCAGCAUUCACAGGCGGCCUAGGCACCCUCGCCUCCCUCAUCGGCAUCGCAGGGGUAUUCAUCGAGUCGCUACAAACACUCAUAACAUGGGCUGUUGAUGGGUUAGCGGGAGUGGCGUUUGUAGCUGGGGGGAUUACAUACGCCAUCCUCCUCCGCGGAACUAGCUGCUCCAAUAUCCUAACUAUAUGGGAUAAUACUAUCAUCAGCGGUGGAUGUCGUAAGGUUGACAAGGAGAAAGUGUGUUGGUCUACGCCUGGCGAAGCGAAGAGUCGGUGUACGUCUGCGCAGGCGGACGCGGCGUUUAUGUUCUUGGGAUUUGUGGUUUGUGUGGGGGUUUGUGGGAUGGGGGUUUUGAGGAGGAGGAAGGGUGGGGUAGGGUUUGUUUGA